AUGGCCUACGAUCCGAAGGCUGUUGCUGUUCAAUGUGAAAGACUGAGUGCACAGUGUAUAACCUAUUUGCGAUGGCUGGUCUGUCAAAGAAAUGACCUGCGGGAAGAGCUUGCUACUCUAUACCUCUGGAAAGAGGGAUUCGAAGAUGGCAAACUCCAUGACAUUGUGGUCUUUUCCGCAGAUCUAGGGAUCUCAAUCUUAAGAACUCUUGUUGCCGUGGGAGAGUCCUUGGCACCCUUAUCAAUUGAACGACAAAGGACCUCGUCAGAUCUCUCAGAAGAUUCUGAAUUUCCGAGUAAGGCUGAAUUUCUGACCGAGGCUGAACUCCUGAGAACCCACCUCAGCGACGCGAAGGAGUGCCUCAAGUCUCACUCACAGCGUGAUACAGUAGAUGAGGAUGAGGAAGACGAUGGGUUCAUCACGGAUGAUUCAGACACAAGUGAGGAAAAUUUUGGACCAAGUCUGAAGUAUCAAAUCAGAUUGUUGAUGCAACUUGUCCCUUCUAUGGAUAGAACAUUUGUUCAAGCUUCCGAAGAACUGCAACAAAGAUCCCGACUCCAGAACCAUACUCAUAGUGUUAUAUCCGAGCCAGAGAAGUUGCUCGGUCCGGACUUGACUGACCAGAAGGGAAAAUCAAAGAUAGAUAGGGGGCAUCUGCCACAGACUCCGGCAGACAUAGAACCGGACAGUGCCGAUGAAUGGGGUGCUGUGCUAGCUCAGAUCCAGGAACCACUACCGGCUUAUGAAGAGACGCCUCGAAAUCUGGAGCUGCGACCACAACCUAGUGCUAGGAGGCUAGCUGAACUCGAUGAGCAACAAGAUCAUGGUGAACUUAUACCAACUCCGCCUUCGGACAGAGGCUCUUUGAAGUUUCGCAGCAUUUUAUUGACCUUGUCGGUAUCCCCAACAAAAUAUGAGAAUCCAGGACUUCUGGACGAGGCCCUGAACGUUGUACCUCUGGACAGGCUCUAUGCUGAGGCGGAGGAGGAGCAUAAUAUCUUCAAAGGCUAUGCCGCCUCCCUCGGCAUGGAUGCCAAACCGCAAUGGGGUUAUCAAGAUUGCGUUAUUCGAGCAUUACUGAGAUGGUUUAAGCGGUCCUUCUUCACGUUCAUCAACAAUCCUGCGUGCUCGAAAUGUGGCUGUCCGACUACGGCACAAGGUCAAACACCACCUUUGCCAGAUGAAGCUGCUUCUGGAGCUACUAGGGUUGAGCUAUAUCGGUGCGAUUACGAUGGUUGCGGGCAGCUCAGAAGGUUUCCUCGUUAUGCGGAUGUCUGGAAACUGCUCGAGACCAGAGAGGGACGAGUUGGAGAGUUCAGCAAUUGUUUUGCAAUGCUUUGUCGAGCCGCGGGGGCAAGAGUUCGUUGGGUCUGGAAUGCUGAAGACCAUGUUUGGGUUGAGAUCUAUUCGGAACACCAACGUCGUUGGAUUCACGCAGAUCCGUGUGAGGAACUGUGGGACAAUCCGCUGGUAUACACUGAAGGCUGGAACAAACGUAUAUCAUAUUGCAUCGCAUUUUCUCACGACGGCGCCGCCGACGUGACUCGGCGAUAUGUGAGAGAUCCGGAGUACGCACUGCCGCGAACCCGGGCCCCGGAAGAAGCUUUGAAAUGGAUCAUACGCGAAAUUUGUCAAAUCCGCCGAAAGAAUCUACCGAAAGAAGAGGUAGCUAGAUUGGUGCAGGAGGAUGAAAGGGAAGAGACAGAACUUGCCUCAUACUUCUUCCAAUCCAUGACCAAAAGUCUUGUGAAGGAUUUGUCUGUCGGUGAACAUUCUCCCGACGACAAGGUGCAGAAACGUUUGACUAGACCAACGUCAAGUCGAGGGGCGGAAGUGGACAAGACGUCACGUCCAGCGAUUUCAGGAGGCGACCCUGGGUGGAGUCGAAGUCGGCUCUAUGAUCCCCUCCUUGGUAGAAGUCACAGAGAGCCGUCUCCUUGA